AUGAGCAUCACUUUUCAUAAUUUAUGGCUACUUUUGACAGUGUUAUGCACCGCAGGUGUUCGUGCUCAUCAUGGCUGGACCAAUUGCUACCCUGCGGGAAACAGUCCACCAGUAGAAGAGAUUCGUGCGUCAUGCGAAGUGGCUCACCAACUUCGAGGCCUAUCACAAACAGUAACAUCUGCUGUGGAAACUUCCGCUGCUGCUUCGAGUAAAGCAUUUGAAGCAAAGGUACAAGCAGAGGAAGCUGUGGAACUUGCCGAGUCAAAAGGCCUAAACGUUACGAAAGCGAAGGAAGCUGCUGUGAGAGCAACACUCGCUGCUGAAGCUGCGGCUACGGCUGCAAGUAAUGUGGAAAUUAACGCUGCAAAUAUUGCUGCGGUGCCGUGGCUUGAACGAAGACAAAAUACAGGUUGGGAGGUGCUUACGAAAUGCAUUAACUUAGACGAUGAUAUAAAAAAAAUGGCAUCAAAGUGUAAAAGUGCAGCAGAAGUUGUAACAGCCGAAUCGAUCAGUGCGGCGUUAAACGAUUUGGGGAAGACAUUUAUAAAUGAGAAGACUCGAGAAGCCUUACGGAAGGAAAGCGUUGAGUUCCAUAAAGAGCUCGCGUCUUUAGAGGAACAUGUCGAAGAGGCUGUCCGUGCACAAAAACGGGCUGAGGAUGCAGCUGCAGAUGCGAAUCAAACAGCCGGUACAAAUACGGGACCAGUUGUGAAUUCCGUUGCAUCACCUGAAGGGUCAGUGCUGCUACUGAUGGCUGGACUGUUUCUCGGUUCUGUACUGUAA